AUGGCCAACAAAACCUGCCUAGCGCGCCUGCGAAAGGAGCUUCGCUCAUUCGACCCGCCGCCCUUCAUUCGCGCCGCACCACUCGAGUCCAACCUCCAGGAGUGGCGCUAUGUGCUGCAGGCGCCAAAGAUUACACAGUGCAACGCGGGCGGGGCGCUGUACCACGGCAAGCUGCGCUUCCCGGACGACUUCCCCUUCAAGCCGCCCGCAAUCUACAUGCUCACCCCCAACGGUCGCUUCGAGACCGACCGCCGCCUCUGCCUCUCGAUCUCCGACUUCCACCCCGAGAGCUGGGUGCCGACCUGGUGUGUGUCCGUCGCAACCAUCCUCAACGGCGUCCUCUCUUUCAUGCUCGAGACGGCGCCCACGACGGGGUCCGUCGACACCGACCUGCCGACCAAGCUGCGCUACCGCGACGCGGCCGCCGCCUUCAACGACCGCGACCCGGUCUUUUGCAAGCUCUUCCCGCAGUGCAAGGGGGGCGCCCUCUUCACAGACGUCGCCGCGGGCACGCCGGGCGGCGGAGAGGAGGACGAGGCGACGGGCACCACCGCGGCGAGCGAGUCGUCCGGCCGAGCCGCACCGUCACCGGGCGAGCCGACGGGGAGGCGGCCUCUCCCUCCCCCGACGGAGGCGCUGGCGCGCUGCGGCUUGGGAGGCGGUAGCAGCGGCAGUGGCAGCGGAGGAGGAGGAGGAGGAGGGGGAGGAGCGACGGGCGGCGGGGCCACGGGAGGCGAUGCGGGCGGCAGCGGCAGUGGGGGAGGAGGCGGGGGCGGAGGCCUCGACGGGUUCGGCUUUGGCAUGUGUGGCGAGUCGUCGGCGGACGCGACGGGGUCGGCGAUGGAGGCCGUGCCGCCGGGCAAGAACGCGUCGAGGAACGCGCGCAAGCGGGCCAAGGAGCGAGAGAGGCGUCGGCUGCAGGCGACGGGGGUGGAGCCGUACCCCGCCUCGUCGGGCAACGACUCUGGCGGGCUGGCGGAGGUCGAGUCGGAGGGAGAGGAGGGCGCGUAGCGGCGGCCAAGGCGGCGUGCAGACCGCAGCAGACCGCUGCUCGCAGGGCGUCGCGAGGGGCGCCGACUGAUCCGUUCGCUCCUCUGGCGCACCACUGCGGAUCGGCUGGGAGGGCAGUGGCCAAGAGUGAGAGGGCAUGCACCCGCUAGACCGCCGCCUCCCCGCCCCGGCCUCGCGGCCGCUGUGAGGGAGAAGCUCGGGGCGCUCUCUCUCCCUUACACACGGUACCUUUACUUUCACGAUGGCAGUCCCGGCUCACCCUUGUGGGGGCCGGGGCGGCGGGCGGUUUCCGUUGCUACAUUUCGGUCCGGGAAACGUGGGUCUCUCGGGCUGUGGUGGAACUUAUAAAGCGAGUUUUACUCGGUGU